GUUCACCUCUCCUCGCUCCUUUGGUUUGCAAAUGAGCGGAAAGUGACCAUAUAUUUUUGGUAUUUGACAGAACGGAAAUAGAAACACGCACCUAGACAACAAACUAUCGAUCCGAUACGUUUGAAUUGGUUUCUAAAACUUGCCCAGUUUAAUUUGUGAGGUGAACUUUCCUGGAUGAAAAAUGACCAGCCUUUAACAUAAUAUGGCAACCGAUCUGAUGGCGGUGAGCAGUGAUUCUUCUGUUCUCAAAAAGGAGCGCGCAAAUUCUAUUUCGGUGGUGGUAAGUUCCGCUUAAUUUCGCAGUGAGCGAUAUUCCAUUCCCUGAAGCAGUCGAAUUGGCUCAUUUUAAUUAAGGUUGUUUUUGAGAAUAACAUUCCUAGAUCUGACCGGACCAUCGACGGGUCUUUCAACUAUGAUAACAAUGAACCCCUUGAAGUAUGUUAUUGAUCUACGGGCAUUUAUCUCAUCAUAUUUCAUAAAUAACUAGAUCGAUGUGUCUUUAAUUUAAGCCUUAAAGCUACACAGAACGGAUGGUUAUUUUGUCGGCUGGUAUUGGUGUUAUCUAUAGUGAUCAAUGAAGUGUUAACUUGUAAAAAGCUUAAGUACGCUGAUAUUUUUCUGUGUAAUUUUUACGCAGCAGGACGACGGCGAAUUUGGCGCUCGUCAAACUUCUGCCAGAUGGAAACUUCAACACAAGAGACAAGUUUUAAAUCACAAAAUAUUUCGGCAGACAAAAUUGCGAGACGGAGCAGAAAAUCUGAUGAAAGCUCUCAGGUUAGGUUUUGUUCUCUUGUCAAGAUUUCUAAAAUUAAGUUAAAAAGCUUUUACUGAAUUAUAAGCUUAGCCUACUAUAAAUAGAUUUUCUUGUGGGCAUCUGAUUUGAAUUUGGACGUGAACUCAAGCCUUAGAAACUUCAUAUCUAGUACUUUCCUAUUUUAUUUUGAUGUUAUUUUGAAAAUAAUAUAUAUUUAUUUUUUUUGUUUUCAAGCUUUAAAUUCUCUUGACCCGAUAGUCUGAAAAAAUUGUAGACGAUUUCAAUGUUGAUUCACGUCUGAUUAAAACAAUUACAUAAAAGACACCAAUAAUGUUAAUUUUAUAAAUCAUAUUCUGUAAACUUCUUUCAAAUAUUGUGAUUUCCCUGCUGUUAGAGAGCUCUUGGAGUCUUUUUUAAAAUCCUUGGCCAUAAGUCUAUGACCUUUUUUGAAAAAAAGCAUUUGGCAAAUCUUUCACAGAUCUUUCACAAACUUUCGAAAGGCUAGCUUGCAAUGGCAGUUUGGUUAGAGGGGAAGGCUCCCCAAAUACUCAUGCCAUUAUGUGCUUCCAACCGGGGUCGUGAAGUUUCCAUGUGAUCAUCUGGACUGCCCCAGUUGUUUCAAGUUAGUAAUGUUCAGGUGAUUCAGCUGAUUUAAUAUGGAAACACUACCCGGAGAACAAUAAUGCCAAAGACCCGCUUGAAUGGGUUGACCUUGAUCGUGUGGAUAAAUCUAAGUUCUAUCUAGACGAUUGGGAUAAUCAAGAAAAAUAUGAAGUGAUCAUAUGGAAACAGUUUCAGAUAAUCAGAACAAUCGAAGGCUAUCCAAAAAUUAUCACUCAUUUUGAAUGAGCCAUAUCAUCCACAUUUUUUGACAUUUGCAUUAUUUAUACAUGUAGGUAUAAUAUUUUAUAAGGAGCCUUACAUGUAAUAAACAUGAAGUGGCAACGAAUAACACAAAAAUGAGUUGAAACUAUGACAGCGACAAAGACAAGCAUUAAAAAAAUAGAAAAUUAAAGCAGGGACAUGGUGUCCUUCUUAAUACAAACAACAGGUUUUGAAAUUCAGACUUGGGACAUACGUAGCCUCCUAUUAAGGAGGGCCUCACGAUCCAGUGAUCCUGGGUUCAAGUCUCAAUUUGAGCUUUAGCUGGAGUUGAUUUUCGGCAGUCUUGAGUUCAACUCCUCAUACAGCCGUAAUUGUAAGCCAAUUAAACAACUGGUUGACUUUCACCACUUCGGGUUUUAAUUUUAUCUAUGCUGUUAUCUUGAGAUUAUUAAUUUGUUUGUUGCCCUUGAGUUCAAUCAGGGCUGUCAUUAAGAGCGGGAAGCUGGAGAUUGAGUGUGGUCUCCAGCUACUUUUAUUGGAAAGUAGAAGAAACAUGGAACCAAAAGAAGUCCCUAGCUGUUUGAUUCCCUGCCUACUUGUUGUAUUUACCCGGGAACUUGAAAUGUUAGUGACAACCCUGACAACAGAGUGCCUAAAAACUUGCUACAGUAGCUUUUUAAGUCUGGUGGAAAGGGUUUUCCACCUGAACAACCUAAGGUACCACAGGGAUUUCAAUAAUAAUUGAAGUAGCCAACAGGUUUGAGUAGAAUACCCAAUUGUCUCAACAAGGGGCUCUUAAUCCUCACCUCUAGGGGGUUCUGGGGGCAUGCUCCCUCAGAAAACUUUGAAAUUUCAAAGCCCUAAAAUGUGAUUUCAAGCAUUGUGGGGACUAAAUUGAGUAUGAAAGAGUGUGUUUUUCAUUCCAGAAAAUGUAUCUUUCAUUCAGCAUCUGAUUAUCAGCCACACAACUUACAAGCAAUGAUCAAACGUACAUUUGAACAAGAACAAAUUAUGUGUAAACCUCCAAAGAAACUUGUGAAGAAUUGACUGAAAUACAGAGUUUGCAUAACCAAAGCAUAACUGAAAACCUGAGUGGGCCUUUAUGUUUUCAUUCAGAUUUUAUGAUAAUAUGUUAUUUGUUUACGACAUCGUAAGCGCAAGUUGCUUGUUCUUUCAGGGAGAAAAGUAGCCGACAGUCUCUGAGCAAAAUAACCGACACGUUCGUCGGUCGUCGGUGCUUAUUGAAACCCCUGGUGCCACACUCUGUUUCCCUAGAGUGUCCACAUGCCGAAGUUUCAAUAGCAGUGUAUUUUAGGAAUUUCUUUAAAAUUGGAAAAAAAAAAUUGUCUUUGAAAGUGGUUAAACAACAAAGAGUUUAAUUGGUUUGUUGCAGGUUAACGAAUGAUCGUAAAACAAAACUUGCUGUCAAGACAGAGUUGAGUUUUGCCAAUUCUCAGCUGGAUUUGCUGAAAGAAGAAUUGGAAGGGAUUAACAGUACAUUUGAUGUCUAUCAAUUUGACAGGUGUGGUAUAAAUUAUGCAUGUAGAUAUUAUGGUAAAUAUGUUGUCAAAGUAAAGUAAGGUUAAAAGCUUUUAACAUGCAUUGAUUCUCAAUUUCCCUUAAUGUCUCUUAGCCAUAGUUCAUGUUGUUAUUAUUGAUAAAAGAUAGAGGCUACAAUACAAAGGAAAGUGAGAAUCACCGUAGUAACCAGUAACUUAAAAAGUUUUAAACCUGAAUUUCAUUUUGACUCAUGAAAUACAGGCUGCAUUUAGAUUAUAAUGCAGUUUGUGGAAAAUCUAGAAGGUGAUUAUUGAAUUUUAUAACUAAAGUUAAUAUUCCUGUCUGGGAAGUCAGCUGGAAUUAAAAAAAAUACAUGUCUAUUAAUCUUCUGUGAAAGGUCAUUGAGUAUGCAUUAUUUGAAGUAAACUUUGAUUUUUCUAUCUUGAGAGAGUUAGAAUGGCCAUUUCAUACUAGCAAUGGAUUAAUAGACAGCCCCCAGUAGUUCAAGAAAUAGAUAACACUAUCCAAUGCAUAAAUCUCUAUCUAUUAGCUGACACAAUUCAGAGUGCAAAGAAAAUCGUUUUUAGCUGAUGCUAGCAUUUACUAGCCCAGACGUCAUUCAAUUAGCCCCCAAAACUUUUUGAUGAGCAGAAUUGAUUUCACAGUUCUUCUUUUAUUUGAAUUCCUCAAAAAACAUCACUUGCCCAUCGGGCAAGUCUAAAACAGAAUUCACUAGCCGGAUAGCAAAAUCCAUUAGCCCCGGGCCAUCGGACACUACCUUCGUUGCAUGCUGCAAUUGGUUGCCCUGAACCUUAUCUGCUGGACAGUGAUUUAUCCAGUGAAUAAUGCUAUGUACAGUCGACUCCCGGUGACUCGAACCCUCUAUAACUUGAACCUCCUGCUAACUCGAAGCAAUUUUCAUUUCCCUUCAGAACAUUUGCUAUUUGAUUUUACCCUCGAUAACUCGAACCUCCGAUAACUCGAACUUUUUUCUGUUUCCCUCAAAGGUUCGAGUUACCGGGAGUCGACAGUAGUGUUUGAACAACCCGGGCCAGAUGGAUAAAAAUAAUCAGAUGGAUUCUUCAUUAAUCCAAAGUGAACACUAUCGUAUUUUAACAUCAAGACAGAUUAUCCAUCUGUCAAAUAUCCCCUCUGAAAUGGAUAAUCCUUUUUUAGUCUGAAGAUGGCCAGUGCGUGUUUGCAGAAAAAAAGUCUAGCCAACAUUCCCAUCUUGAAAGAUUGACAGUCACUAAUUUAUUACAUGUGUUAUAACUAUUAAUUUAUUUUAAUGCAUUUGUUUGAUAUGCAAUUUAGGAGUGUUGAGCACCAGAUCCCUUUGAUUGCUGUUGGUCUCAGAGAAACAAAGGAUCUUGAGUUCAAGCCUAAUUUUAAAGUUAGUACAAUAACUAGCUGCUAUACAGUGUAACUGCAAAGUAUACAGUAAUACUUGUCUUAUCAACUUAGAAAGUUCAUAAUCAAAUUCAGCUAACUCAUUUGAGAUCAUUAUUUCUUCUCUGAAUCACUCAAGUCAGCUGGUGGAACAAGAUCUUGAUGUAAUAUGUUGGCUUUUUUUAUUUCACAGCUUUAUCUGUUUCAUAUAUACCUGUGAAUGUCAUUAUUUGUAUUUUUGUACCUUUCUACAGAUUUGAGCAAAAAGGCAUAUACUGUAAGCUGAUAAAAUUCCCCCAUUAAUGAAAAACCUAUACAUUGUUGAUUUAUGUAGUGUAACUUAAUCAUAGUUGAAAACUGAAAGGGUCAGGAAGGUUCUUUUUGUGUAAUAAUGUGCAAUCAAUAAAUGUAUUAGUCAUAUUUCAGGCAGUAUUGCAGAUGUACCUUGUAUGCUAACCAUACUGCCUAUGCAUAAGAGUAAGAUCCUUUAAGUUUUGUGUAACCCAUGCCUCCCCCCCUCCCCUUCUGCCUCUGCUAUCAAAAAUGCUAAAUUUUGUUUGCACUUUAGCUUGUCUAAGGCAUCCUUUGGUUGUGUUUGGGUAGAAUUCACUUUAAUUUUCACUGUAUUCUCUGUUCUAAAGUCAUUUUAUGAAUUUACUGUACAUAGCUCACUGUCUUAUAUUAAGUGGUAAUGGUGAGUUAUAUGGAAUAUUGCUGUGUAAAAAUUAUGUGCAAAUGCAUUUUCUUUAUCCUUGAUUACUACCAGGUCUCUUACAGUGUAUAAUACAUGUAGCCCAAGCACUACUACAUUUAUUCACUGUAGUUUGCCUUUUACAAGUAAAAUGGGUGUCUUGAAAACAAAUACCCCUAAGACCACUAAGACCCCCACCAAAUGAAUCUGAACUUAAUUGAUUAGGGUUAGGAAACUGAGUGAAUCAGGUUCCAUUUAAGUCAUUACCCUGGACAAACUGACCUGAAAGUUAAUUAGCUCAGUUUCCUAGCUAAUCAAUAAAGUUCAGAGUCAUUCGGUGGGGUCUUAGGGGGUCCUAGGGGUCUCUGUUUUCAAGACUACCCAAGUAAAACCCCCUAGGCAACCGCAUGACAUCUCAUAGCAAACCAAAAGCACAUAAAAUAAUUAUAUCAAAGUGUUAUUUUUUAUUUCUUUCUCAAGUUUACUUCUUUUGUAAAAUUUUAAAUCCCUUGGCGUCAAUACUUAAAUAGUCCCCAUUCUAACAGCUGAUAAGCAACUUGAGCAGGUGGUAAUGAUUAUUUUGUUUCAUUUUAGGAUGUUAUUUUGUAUCAUUAUGGUGAAGCUCCAGACGACUAUGAAAAUGAGUUGGAGCUGUUUGAAAAUCUUAGAAAGGUUUGUUUAGCAACUCAUAAAAGUAUGUUUGAGCAAGACCAUUAGAAUGAGAUAUUGGGCGCUUUCCAUUUGACCUCAAGUUCCGAAAAUUUGGAAAUGGUGCCGAAAAUUUCCAGAAAGACCGAAAGCUGCAGGGUGCUCAUUAGGCAUCAGAGAUUAAGGAAUUCUCCGUUUACUGUGAAAAAUUCUCUCGCUAAUGUUCGGUAGCCUGUGACCAUUUUUAAUUCAGAUGAGGAGCCUCUUUCAAAAUAUUUUCCUGUAACGUUACACCUUUCUCUUGCUACUAGAAUGCUUUGUGAAAACUCUGAAGCUGUUAAAUUUCUGAAAUGCGAACCAUUGAACCACAAGUUCAGUCAAUUUAGGGAGCAAAAGGAGAAAAGAAAAGUUUCAGGAAGAAAUUAUCGCAAAUUUUGGGAUACCACGUGAGAUUGUCCUCUUUUUCAAAAAUUUUUGAUAAUGCUUUUCCAUUCAUUACUUUAAGUUGCUGAGAAUUCAAACCAGAAGUUUUGGUUAAAUGAAAAGCUCCCAUUAUGUUACAAAAAUUCCCAUUCACCAAUUUCCCUUAGACCAUAAUAAUGCACUUGUUUACUCUCCAAAACCUUGCGUAGCCAUUGUCUUUGAUUUCUCUUGGCAUAUGGGACGACUGUUAUGCCCAGUAGAAUUUGGAAGCAAUGGCUAUGCAAACUUUUGGGGGUAAACAAAGUGUAUUGUGGUCUAUGUGAAAAUGGUGAAUAUCAAUGAUACGACCAAUAUUUGUUUUUAUUGCAUCAGGGUGGAUUUUCACUUUUGCACCUGAAAUGUAUUUUCGUAAAUUAUAAAUUUGCAAUGUAUAAAAGGCUUUGCAUAAUAAUUAUGUAUCCGUAAAAGUUAAACCUUGCUUGACUUUUACAUUUUCAAGAAUUGCCUCUUGGCCAUAAAAUUUUUCUGUGUGCACUUAAAAAGUUAUGACUGGAAAUCUACCUAUAAGAGGUAAUUGCAUAGGUUUGUCAUUGCAAAUAAAGGCAUAAAGUUAUUGGACACUUGUAAGAAGGAGCAAAAUAUUAAUAUUAUUGUGGGCUUGGGCCUCUUAUAGUUGGGUUCUCCUCUUGCCACUGAUGAAAAUUGCUGUCUAGAGAACAGAGGAGCAUUGGCAACACACACAAAAAAGUUCCACUGUACUUGUAGUUUCUCAGUGAUAAAUUUAAUUGAUAAAAACAAACAUGACGUAAAUAAUUAUUUUAAAGUGAAGUAAAUGUGGAUGAAUAUUAAGGUGUCUUCCUUGUGGCUAAAAUUAAUUAUUUCCCUGGUUGCUUUAAGUGCAGUGAAAUGUACUUUUCAGGGCCCUCAAAAUUAAUUACAUGAAGAACUUUCUUAACUCUGGGUUAAACACUGAUCAGGCCCAAGUACUGUUGUACACCCACUUGAAUUUUUUCUGGUUUUUAUUGUGGCAACUGCAUGCAAGUAGACUGUCCUCUGCAACCCUGUGAAAGUUUUUGUGAAGAGAGUUUAAACUGUAUAAGCAUUCUGUAUCAUUAUUGAUGCAGCAAUGCUGUUCUGCACCAGUUAAAAAAAUUAUUUUGCAAAUUUUUUUUGGUCUAGUUCGAAUUAUGAGGUCAAGCCACGAUUACUGUAUAGAAUCAAAACCCUGUUUCAGUUCACAUUCGUCAAACUUAACCGAAUCUUGUAGACAUUGUUAGGCUUUUUGUUUGCAGCUGUUGUGACUACAAUAUAAACUAUACUAAUCAGUUCUGGUGCAAACUUGUUUCUGGAACGAGUUAGAUAAAUAGACUAACCUUCAUUAGCAAAUUUCUCGCUAAUGCAUAUUAAUUUUGUCGCAUUUGAAGGGUGUUAAGGUGGAUGCUUAUCUCUGAGCUGUACUGUAAGUUGAUUUGAUUCAUUUCCAACUUGUUAUUGUUGUUCCUAGGAAGCUGUGUGCAAGGUCAGCAGAGGUGAGGGUGGUAUUCAUGCUUUGUUCUCGUAUUACAAUCAACUGUAUUUUGUGGAGAGGAAAUUCUUUCCUCAAAGAAAAGGAGUAGCCAUGCCAAUUUACUUUCACUGGUAAGACAACUUAUGAUAUGAGAAAAUACUAUACAACUUUACUUCAAGAUAGUCUACCUAGUAGGCAAAUAAAAAGUUUUUUAAUGGCACAUUGAUAAUCAAGGCAUCUUAAAUGUUAAUGCUUUAGAGAGAGAGUUAGCCGAUAACGUCAUUACCUUAAAAGGCAUUUUGCUAUAAUUUCAACAUUACUUAUCAUUUGGAAUAGUAAUUAUUUACCUUUCAACAAUAAUUAUUGAAGUGUUGCUGUCUUCCUAAGGUUUGAUAUGACAACUGGUCUACCAAAAAUACAGAGGUCUCUGGCAUUUGAAAAGGUAUGGCCUUGUCACUCUUCCAACUGAAAAUGGUGAUGCAUAAAAACCAACUUAAGAAACUCUGACUUUUGGCAACAGGCUGUAACUCAGUUUCGAAUCCUUUGCUAUGGUGCUUAUUUAUCUGACCAAAUUUCAGCCUUUAGGUUAUUAAUUCUUCAAAGUUUCUUGUGAAAUACAAGUUUUUGCAGCAUCAAAAUAAGCUUAAUUUCUUCCCUUCAAAAUCAUAAAUUUUCGUAACGUGAAAACCAACAAAUAACCAACCAAAGUUGAUCAAAGUAAUCUACAAAUCCGUACAGGAAAUAGACUUUGUUAACGGAAAAGAGGUUUCAUAAAAACCCAUGUGAAAAGAUGCCUCCUGCCUUGGGAUUUGGGGGCAAGGAUCACGGCAGCUACUGUAACGGAAGAAAUUCUUUUUAGAGAAUCAUUUUCCUUUUUUAAUUGUAAUUUAAUUGCAGGCUAGCAUUCUCUUUAACAUUGGUUCUAUCUGGAGUCAAAUUGGAGCAAAGCAAGUAAGGAGACUUAACUCAAUGUUAGUUUGUAUUGUGCAGAAAGCUAUAACCUGCAAUCAGGUGAUUUUUUUUUCUAGAACAGAGUGGGGAUAAAGAACAGUGCCUUUAUUUUUUCAUGAGCACCAACUUCCCCUGCUUUAGAAUAAUCAAUGAACAUCUGGUUGACUAGUCAUAAACAUGGCAUGAAAAAAUGAAAAUGCCUGAUCUCUUUACGCUGGAAAAUCAAAACAAUUAGCUAUGUUCAGUGAUUCUUUCCUCUUAAAAUUAGCAAAAGCAUAUUUCUGUGGUCAAGUAACAUCAGCUGGAUUUUUAUUUCAAUAUUAUUUAAUCAGCCACAAAAUCGAAAAAAGAAAACAUAAGCUGGUGAGAAUAUUGGCAGUAAAUUGGUUUUGUUUCAUUCAAGUGUCGCAAUCCUGAGGGACGUCAAAUCUUACUUUCAGCCAUUUAAAACAGAACUGUACACCUGGACCAGUCAUAAUUAAUAACUCCAGAUUCUGGCACUUUUUACAUGUGAUCUGUAAGAAAUUUGUAUCAUGCUCUCCUUCCCAAAAGAUAUACAUGUAGAGAGGGCAUGAUCGCAGUUUAAGUAGUGUACCACACUGCCUUAAUGGUAACCUUUUUGCUACAAUCCCGAACAAAACUACUUGAGAAAGUUCUCCCCAUCAUGUCCACUUUCCUGUGAAACAAAACUAUUUCCAAAACGAUGCCUUUGCGGAAAGAAAUCCCCUUCCCCCAGUUCAAUGUUGCUUCCUACAAACGCCCAGGGAUCAAGCUUUCUUUUGAAUACGCAACAACAUUGCUUUCAGGGGAAGGAGGAGAGGGAAGAACCAGUACAGCUAUGAUGUUUAGAAAAAUGCUCCCCAAGUACACAAUUUUCUCAACAGUUUUGUCAAAGAUUGUAGCCUGUAUUACAGAUGUAAUUUAACCUCAGUUAGUAACAUCUGCAAAGCAGCGCCAAUAUCCUUCUUCUGUGCCCACAAUGGACUCAACUACAGUUGAACCUGUAUAAAGCAGUCACCCUCUAUUAAGCGGUCAGUUUUCAAAGUCCCUAAAAUUACUUCUCUUGAUGUACUGUAAUUUCGACCUCUAUUACGCAGUCGCGGUCACCAUUUGCGAAGUCCCAGCAGGACUUUCUCUAUUGUCUUAGCCUGUAGUAAACGGCCACACGGCAUUCAUACAGUUUCAAAAUAAUAAUGCAACACACGAGGUACAACAAUAAUUUGAUUUCCUUGUUUAUUUUCGCAAAUCAUUAAAAUGCCGGAAAUGAAUGUUUCUAUUUGACGUCAAGCGUCUGUCCUGAUCAGCACUGGAGAGAUAAUUCUUUGAACUGUUUUUCUUGCAACCUGUAUUAGGAGGUCACCCUGUAUUAAGCAGUCAGUUAGCCAUUGCCCGAGGGUGACCGCUUAAUACAGGUUCAACUGUAAUUUGGAAUUUUGUUUUAUCUUGUGUUACCUGUGGAUUCUCCACUCCAAGGGGUUGGAUGCUUAUUUGGGACAGGGCAAAUAAGUGCUGACAUUUCAUAAUUUUCCCUUUAUGAAGGACAGAAGAACUCAAGAAGGUCUUACCAAAGCGAUUGAUGUUUUUCAGAAAGCUGCUGGUUAGUGUGAAAAAAUUCAUUCUUAAAUUUCUAAAAAUCAUUUUUGCAGAGACAAAAAAUCCCUCAUUAUAUUAUUCAAUCAAAACAUUUUUCCAUUACUGAUUAAGUAAAAUAUCAUGCAUUAUCCAUCAUAACCAGAUACUGUCGACCAAAUUUGGAAGAAUAUGUGAAGAAUGACGUCAAUCUGCCUUGGCCUGGCAGAUAAUACCCUCCUCAUUCUCCAUUUUUCUUCAGAUGACACUCAGCCUCAUUCAAUAUUGCUAAUUAUUAUUCCAGGUGUGUUCAGAUUUAUCAAAGAUAAUUUCAUCAACUCCCCAAGUGCUGACUUAACACCAGAGCUGAUGGACAUGUUGAUGGCUGUUAUGCUGGUAUGUUACCAAUGUGUAGUUCCAGAAAAUAUCCAUACCCCCCCCACGGAGGGUUGUUUACAGUUUGAGCCCCCACCCCCCCGGAUUUUCCGUUCCAGAGGGCUUCAGGUUGCUCCCCCCUACCCCCUGGAAUUUCCAUGAUUUUUUCACUUGGUCGCCCCUACCCCUAGGAAAUUCCAAAUCCACAAAUAAAAAGACUUCAUUGAUUUAUUUUGGUCUACUUAGUGCCGAAAUAAAAUUUAGCCGCAGCCGAUUAUAGUUACAAUUCAGAUGAAGACGUAAAGCGGCAUAAUUUUCACGUAAGCGAUUUGGCCAUACCACACUUGCUAUUUCAUGGAACAUUAUUUAUGGAGAUAUUCGCUAAGUAAGGUACAAAAUUGCUGGAGGAGGCUAUGAGAUUUAAUUUUCUUAAAAAUGACCGUGGAAAAUUCUAGACGUAUGAAUAGACGCGCCUCUCGCUUCCUCUAUUUUGAAAUGUUCAAACUCUAACAACUGAGCUUAUUAACACUAUAGUUCUGGCAGCUGACCUUUCGUCUGCUUAAUUGACAGAAGAUUUCAUUCAAAAAAUAUCUAAGAAAGUACUGAAAGUUGACGGUAUCAUCAACGUUUUGUAACCUAGUCGAAGUUUGUAAUUUAUGCAUAGGCGAAACAACGUAUCGAAUUACUUUAAACACGAAAUGACUAUAAUAUUACAUCAUUCUUGUUUUUGCUGUCAAACCAAAACUCAGGAAUUGACUCGAUGCUAAUCUCCAUGAUAUUUUUUGUACUUUGCAGGUGUAAUUUUAUCUACAUGUAGUAUAAUGUGCGAACAGUACUGCUAACAAAUGUUGUUUUCCUGUGUGGAGCCGUGAAGUGACUUCGCUUAUCAGCGGGAAUCAUAAUCCGUCACGCAACAUAUUUUUUAAAAACUUAAGUUCGUCUUUCAACAGGAAUACUUCAAUAAAGUUGUACGCUUUAUCUCUGUAGUUUGUAAAUGAUAGUAAAUUUCAGGCCUUACAGUUUUUUUUAACUUUUUUUAAUUUCAUGUGUAAAACGUACUUUUCAAGUUCAUUCCGGUAACUAAACAACGAAAUGAAAUCUUCGCCGUCUCUCAUCGCUGUUCACGGUUACAAAAAAAUUAUGCUUCAAACAAAUGGCAUCGUAUCGACUUUGCUAACGUUUCCAAACUCGUAACUACACAGAAAACGAUAAAACUAUGCGAUAAUCUAGUUAUUGAAGCUUUGAAAUUCGCGGGAAAUUGUUUGACUCGACGUCGAACGUGCUCAGAGGUGUGCCUCGGAGCUGUACGUGUCAUCUGGCGCCGGGAUAAUAAUAGAAAAUAUAUGACAAGGAAUCCUACGUCUAUUUCCACGGAUAGAACUUUUGGUUUUUCUUGGCUACCCCGAAUCAAUUGGAAAAAUACGUAAGUGUUCAUUUGAUCGCAUUCCAAACCCUCUGGAAAGAAAAACUCUUUAUGUACCCCCCUCCCCUUCAGAAAUUUGUCUCUUUUAGACCCCCCUACCCCUAGGAAAUUCCGUGACCCUCCGUGGGGGGGGUAUGGAUAUUUUCUGGAACCACACAAUAUUUCAAUUCUCCUCACUUGUUCUUCUGUAUUCUUUUCGCACCUUUUCUGAGAAUUCAAUUGCUCAUCAGUAGUAUCCUCCUCUCAAAACCUGCAAGGCUAAAAAAAACUUGGAUUCCAGCUUGUCUUUUGGGAAAGCAGCUAUCAUAUUUUGGUUGUGUCCAGGGUGUAUAUUAUGCAGUACCAUAAAUUCCAUGUAUAAGCCCCCCCAAACUCGUAAUGCAAAAAACCCUCUGUUAAAUGGCCCCUCCAAAUCUAAGCCUCCCUGGGGGCUUGUACUUGGAAAUUGCCCUCAAAUACAAAGUAAAAGAAAGCAGAAGUGGUAAAUUUCCUUCCAACUAUAAGGUUAGCCCAAUAUAAGCUGAAUAUAAGCCCUUCCAAAAAUAAGCACCUCAAAAAAGGGCCUUUGAAAAAUAUAAGCCCUGCGGCUUAUUUUCAGAAUUUUACAGCAUUUGGUGAUUUAUUAUUUUUCUCUGUUGAAGCAACUAUUGAGUCAUUUCAAAAAAUCCAGCAUAAGGUAAACUUGUGUGUUUUUUUCGCAGGCUCAAGCUCAGGUUUGUAGGUGGGAGGAACGUCUUCUUGAAGGAAUAGAAAGCAAACUAGCAGACAUGGUUAGCGCAGCUCAAGAGUGUGCUGAGGUAGAGUAUUAAUAAUAACUGACAGAGGUAUUAAUAUAUAAAUUUGUAUAGAUAAUAGCAGGAUUUGUAGUGAUAUUUGGCAUAUAAAUACCAUCAGUGAUAUUUUAAAAUUGUUACAUGUAAUUUCGCGAGGCGCUAGGCGAGUGAAAUUUGAGACAAUUUUGAAAUGUCACGAAUGGUAUUUAUGCCAAAAAUCACAAACAAAUCAUGCUAUUAUUUGUUUAUACUUCUACCCGCAAAGGUUUUGUAAUUUUCUCAGUUAGGUAUUUCAAAUUAAGCUGAAAUACCACUGCUCUAAGCCGAUCAAAUUGCAGAAAUUUCUCAUGCAGUAGUAUAAAUACAUGUAUUCCCAUUCAUUUCAAGCUUGCUAUUAGAGGAGAAGAAAAAGUUUGGGAGAGUUAAUUUUUUUUGUUAAUAACUCAUGUGAUUACAUAAUUGGGCUCCACUCAGUCCUAUUACCAUUAUAGUAUUUAAUAAUAUUAUACCCCCCCCCCCCUGCCCCCUUGAUACUGGCUCUCUGUGUUAUGUCAAACAUAUUAUCACAUGUCAAUUUCUACUUUGUAUAGUUGCAAUAAUGCUUAUGGCAGUGUAAGGAAAUCAUUGAUUCUGGAAAUCACACUACAUGCAUCCUAGCCUGCAUAACAGGCGCUUUAUGAGCCAAGCGAGGGGAACGCGACAAUUUGUGCAAAGGGCGAAACAAGUGCGGCAUCCUUGAGCGUCCUGAUUGUUAUUAUCUAAUCUUGUGAUUACUUUCUGCAGGUUAGUAAUAGAUACAAAAGGGCUCAGAUGAUGAUGAAUGCUGGAAUCUGCUUGAGUUGUGUUCCUUCUUCUUGGAAAAACUUGAUGUCGGUGAGUUGUGUGAAUUGUUAAAUUUUGGUUGACUUCUCCUUUGUAUUAAAGCCAACAUAAUUUUAGGUAAUAAUGAAUGACAGCUGUCUGGUAAUAAAUUCAUUGUUAUUAUUAAUAAUACAUGAAAUUUACUUUAUUUGAAGGUUAUGUGUCUCCACUACAAAGCCUUAUCGCACUAUUAUGUUGCCGAUGGGUUGCUGAAAAGUGUUGGUAAGGUCUGAUAAUUUAUCCAGUGUUUAGUAUCAAAAAUAUUACUGCAUUAGGGCUUUUACUAAGUCACUACGUUAAACAGUUCAAUUGCUACCUCCUUUCACUGUAUUGUUUCACUCAUUGGCAAAAAGUCCCAUUUGGGGACACAAUACAAUUUUUUUGUUUUAAUAUUUGGUAGGUACUCCCAGUGAUGAAGAACAAAAAGAAAUAGUGAUGUCAUUAUUGCAUACAUCUCAGCCAGAUGGUAAUGCCACCAGGCAAAAACAAGGUAAUAAUUCUCUUUCUCCUCCAAAAUGUGACAGCAAAUUUCACUCUGAUGUUAUUGUAAAAUUGUCUCUUUUCCUUUGUGUGAAAAGUCAAGCCUUAGAAGAAAGGAAGUGUUUUUUGUAGAUGACACUGUCAAUUUUAAUCAUAGAAACAUAUUCACCUGGAUAGUCAGGGGGGAUUUUAAUGCAAUAUCAAACUUAAUUUGCUAAGUUGCGAUUUUUAAGAAACAGGAAAUUUCUGCUAUAUAACAGCAUUAUAACGCCAAAAGUUGACCCUGUCAUGUUUUAGAAGCGAUCCGCAAGAACGACAGCAAUAAUUUUGGAAUUUCUGGUUAGAUCAGACUACAAUAGUCACGUUAUCUUUUCUUGUUUCAAAAGGCUAACUUGCCUGUUUUUGUUCAGUGGUAGAAGUUACUUUACAGUCCCUGCUAACAAAUUGUCACAUAUGCCAGCUGACCAAUUUGGUGGUCAUGUUGACUAUUGAACUAAGCAUGUCUUUUCUACCAGCAAAAAAUGAAGUUUUUCUUUAACUUAGUUUAUUAAUAAUGUGGUCAUUAGCACACAAGCUAACAUACAUGGUUAAAUUUCAGCCAAAGCGCACCUUCAUUCUGCUCUAAAAUUGCAUGAAGAAGCCAUGAAAGCAAGACAGAUUUGUAGGCAUUGCAGAAAAAUUGCAGGUCUACAUAAGGUAAAAUAGCAACAAAUGAGAAAUGCAUUAUUUUACAAUUUGAGGAUCCUUGCAUGAAUUUUUUAUAACAAAUUGUCUAUCACUAACAUUGUCAGACAUGUUAGUUAUAAUUUAAAUGGGGCAUAUUAUUUUCCAUCCAAUCUUUUACCAGGCUCUUCAAGAAGCUCGCAUGACAACCACCAACACACUGGUUGCUAUGGAAGAAGAAGAUGAUUUUGAUGAUCCUAUGACCCCUACCCCAGUAAAAGGUCUGUUUAAUGAUAUCAAGGUUUGCGUAUAACAGCAGCUGGUUGUAUAAUGCCAUGCACACUGAAUAUUUUUGUCUAUGUUCUUCCCAAUGCCUUAAUAAUGUUAUUGUGGCAGGAAUUUUUCAAGUUAUAAUUACUUAAUAGGAGUUUUAUUUUGCAGCAUUACCAAGAGUAAAGGCCUGUUGUAUUCAGCCCAACUUCAACAGUGCAUCAGUAGAAGACUUGUUUCACAAACUGGUAAGCAACUCAGUUACCUUUCUAAGCAUUUUUAUUGCUCAUAUCUUUAAUUAACUUAUGUGGCUGUACUCUGUCAUGUGUGACUAUUAUUGCCAAAAUUUAAGUGCAUACAUGGGGUGUUUUGAACAGACAGAAAAUUGUUGUUGCUCGAAAUAUCUGUAUGUCUUAACUGUUCGUCAGUAGGAUGCCUAAAAUGUGUGCAAUUCCACAAUUGGUUUCAGCUCCAUUAAAUCCUAUACCAAUUGCAAAACAUUUUAGGAGGAGCCACCCAUAAUGUUACAGCACAGUUAUUGACAAGGCCUAUGAGUAGGAAAACAGUCUAUUGCAGUGUGUUAAAUAAUGAACUAAAAUACACACACCAGUUAAAUAAGUGAAUAAAGCAUGUGCAAUUUUGGGAUUAAAAUUGCAUGUACACACACAACUUACACCAAAAUACUGGAAGAAUCCUGAAAUAAUUAAAUCAACAAGGGAUAUGGUGGCACCAUGCAACCAUUGAUUGCCAGUGUCAUCUCCCAGGAUGUAGUGUUAUACUUCUUGAUGAUAACGCUAUGACACUUGAAGAACUUGCUGGUUGAGUUGGUGUUGGGGUCAUGUUUGAAUUUUUACAGAUCGAACUAUAAAAAAAGCUAAUUUAUCAUUUUUGAAGCAAUCACUAGAGAGAUCUUCGAGGUUUCCUUCAAAUCUAAAACUUAGAGAAAUUUGGUCUCCUCAAAUGGCCAUGUAAUGUUCUAUUUUAUUAUGGAAACACCAAUGAAAUACUAAACCAUUCACUAAAAUAUCUUUUGCUGUUAAUGGCAUGUUUUAUUAUUAUUUAUGUAAAUGUAGUAUGCUACCACUCCUUGACCACCAGGUAUUUGUAAAGUAGUAUAAUAUUGGAUGGACACAAAGUUUACUUUAAAAAAUACCAUUUUCUUUUUAGGGUCCUGUCCACAUCUUCAAUGCAAAAUCAGAAUGGAGUACAACAAAAACUGUCGAGCUGGAAAGAAGAAACGGUGGAUAUGGCUUCAGUGUUAUUGGCUCUGCUCCUGUGAUUGUACAGAGCGUAGAGAAAGAAGGAGCUGCAAAGGUGAUUUUGUAAAUAUUCUGCAAAGAUGAUCCUCUUAUAAGACAGUCAUGAUAGUGGUAACACUGGCAGGUACAAAAAACACAGGUCAUACGUCACAAGUGCAAGUCACUGCUCUAUUGAUAUAAAAAUAAGAAUUAUUCGCGGUUUCCCCUUAAGCUAACACUCUAUAGUAUUGCUCAGAGACACUUGAAGUUUUGCUUAUUUCCUGUAGCACGGUGACCUUUACUCUGACCUGCACUUGUGACCUGUGUCCUGUCACGUUUGUUUUGUACCUGCAGUUUUAAACACUAAAGAAUUUGUGCCAGGUCUAAAGGACAGGUCACUUUUCACAGGUCAAGAUCAGUAGAAGUCACUACUCCAUUGAUAAAUUACUAAACCACACAGUUUCCCCUCAAAAUAAAAGUACCACUUUUGUAAAGAGAUAUAUUAUGGCUAGGAGACACGUUGCUGUUAAUAAUCUGUAGCAUCGUGACCUGUUCUCUCACCUGUGGAAGGUGACCUGUGUUUUAAACUCACCACUUGAAAGGUCAAUCAGUAACACACUCACUUUUUAGUUAGCAGUUAUUAUAGUCUCCUCAGUUUUUUGUUACUUGGAUAACUAUGUGACAUAAAAAGAUAUGUUGACAAACUUUUGGGUUAAUUUAUUUUUUAUUUUUUAUUUUUUUGCAUCAUAGGAUGCAGGGGUCCAAGUUGGAGACGUAAUCACUGGAGUUGACAAUACAGACUGCAAAUGGGGAGAUCACUCAUUUGUUGUCUCAUUAAUUCGCGAUACUGAAACCUGCGUAACACUUGAUAUUGUGACACCCAGCUCUCUCAAAGAGAUAGCUGAGAUAUACAAUGUUAAACUGGCAAGAGAUGACCAAGUUGUAACAAGUGACUAUAGCGGUUCUAUUGGGAGUAGGAGUUCUAGCUCUUCACGUAACAGUACCCUUAAUGGAUUGUACUCUCUGACUGGAAGCACCCACAGUUCAACUGGUUCAAGACCUGGAACUCCUGUGAAGCACAGUGCUGCGCUAGAAACUGGAAAUGAGUCAAUAAUGUGGUAGCAGAUGGUGGAUGUUAAUUGCGAAUGAGCAGCAAGUUGCUUUCAUUAUAAAGGCAGUCCAAGUGAUCAAUGCAGUUCUCACUUUUGAAGCAUUCAAGGAAGCGAACUGUGUGUACUGAAAUUUCUAAAGGCUUAUCUGGUUCUUAAUUUUUUUCUGUAGUCAAAGGAAAUACUUUGAUGGAACCUUGUGUGAGAGUUAGAUUGCAGUUCUACUAUAAAGAAAGACCAUCUGAAUUAGUAACUUUCUCAUAUACAUUUCAGUAAUACUGUAAAUGAUUUUAAAUUAAUACUGCAGUCAUGAUCAACAUACCCUUAAGUAAACAGUACCGUACAAUAGCUGGUCAUGUUAGCAUUUGGAAUGAUGCAAUAUUUUAUUGUACAUCAGUGGCAAGUACAAUACGCAGAUCACAGGUCACAAGUAAGGUUAGAGGACAGAUCACUGUACAAUGGCAAAUAGACAACAGUAAACACCCGGUGUCUCCUAGCUAAAAUUAAUUACACACCCCAAAAUAGAGUUUUAGCUUUGAGAGGAAACUGAUUAUCUCAGCUAUUCAUCAAUAGAGCAGAGACCUGCACUUGUGACCUGUGACCUGUGUUUUGUGCGUGGGAGUAUAUUACGUUAACUGCAAGUCUGACAGGUGAAUGUUAAUUCAUGUGUCUUAUUUUGCCAACUGUGUAUUUAUUUUGUUAUUGAAAAUAAUUAAUUCUGUAAAUUUGAGUGUAUAAUGUACAUAACUUACCCCCUCUGUGAUCAGAACUCUUUUGGAUAUAAUAUACUUACAGCAACAUUGUUCCUUAAAUAUUUAGAAUAAACUAAUAGUGAUUACUUGAAACUAUAAUAUUAUAUUUUUGUCUGAAUACUACUUGACCAAAAAGAAGGCAAGAUUAAUUUCAGAAGAAAAGAAACUUGCAAUGUUUUCAUCAUUGCCUGGAACCUAAGGGCCGUAUUACACUUUAUUAACCUUGUAAACUAGAAAGUUUCAAUAUUAUUGCUUGCUGGAGAGCUUGAUAUUGUCUAUUGUUCUAUGUUUAGAGAGUCAUUGGGCAUUAUUAACUGUCGCCACUGCAUGGAUGCAGAAAAAUACAGGAAAAUAGUAACUUGGAAAGUUAUAUAUACAUAACUAUUUUAUUAUUGGUUCAGCCGCAGCAUAAUUUACCCAAGCAUGUUAAACUGCUUAAAAUAUUGAAUAUUGUCAUCAUAUUAAAAGAAAAUUAUUAUAAUAGAUAUAAAGCUUAUGACCCAAACCACAGUGAUUUAUUCAACAUAUACAUUCACAAUGUAUAAAAAUAUUAAUUUAAAAAUGUAUUGCCAGAUCGUAUAAAG